AGGGGGGGGCGGUGUUGCCAAGACUCUAUGGAAGACGCGCGGAGAGACCGGCUGCGACGUCGGCAGCGUGGGAAGGCCGUCGCUCCCAGAAUCCUUUCUGUUCCAAGAUGGCGUCGGCUGCCUUUUUUCGGUGAGGUCGGGAGAAGCGAAACCGGUUGGGCCAAAGCUGGGAGAGGAGAAAAUACGUAGCGAGAAAGCACAGUCCUGAAGGAGGGGAGCUGCCCCGCCACUCCCAGUCGAAGCCAUGGCCGCCGUGGUGGCCAAACGGGAAGGCCCCCAGUUCAUCAGCGAAGCAGCCGUCCGGGGGAACGCAGCCAUCCUGGAUUAUUGCAGGACCUCCGUCUCCGCUCUGUCAGGAGCCACCGCCGGCAUUCUCGGCCUCAACGGCCUCUACGGUUUCAUCUUCUACUUCCUGGCCUCUGUCUUGCUGUCAGUGCUUUUGGUGUUAAAAGCCGGACGGCGAUGGAACAAGUACUUUAAAUCCCGAAGGCCUCUCUUUACCGGGGGGCUGAUCGGAGGGUUAUUCACCUAUAUUCUUUUCUGGACUUUUCUCUAUGGCAUGGUGCACGUUUACUAGGAGGAGGAGAAGGAGGAGGAGGAGGAGGUAUAGCCAGAACAGUUCUGAGGAGCGUGGUCCAGAUAGGUCCAUUCCUCUCUGGUGCCCUAAAACUGAGGAUCCUGGCCCGCUGCUUGCACCCUUCGGCCGCUGCCUAACGUAUGUCAGAAUGCAAGCCUGUAGAAUCCUGCUAAUUAAACAGAAUGUGAACCCCACCCCCAAACCUUUAAAAAUGACGUGUAAAUAA